CCUCCGGGCCAGGGACUCCUUCUUCUCUCCUCUAUGCGAAUAUGAGACGUUGCACGGCUGCUCAGUCAGCUUCCCCGGUUCUCAUUUGUUGUGUAUUCUCCUAGUCCUGCCAUACGUAGUCACCCAGGCUUCUCAAGCAGCAACCGGCGCUCAGCGCAGACAGCCAAUCACAGCUCCCUUCUGAUGGUCUCCUCAGGAAGCUGAGAUGAGCCGCACGCAGUGAUAGGACAGGGUGGCCCCUGUCUCGGCUAUUGGCUGAGUGUGUAGAGGCGGGCUGGACAAGCGGGGAAGUGUUGUGCUGGUGAUCUAUCUGUUGUAUACCUGACUGUUAUUGCUGUGCAGAGCUGAGACACAACCGGACAGCUUCAUGAGCUCGAUCUGUAUAUAAUCAUUGUGCUCCUGUGAGAUGUACCAUCAGAUGUCACAUCUUUAAUAGAUUAAAAAAACCUUGGGGUAGAAGGUAAUAUUCAGUUCAUUUGUUGAUGAAGAAACCUUUAUCUCCAUAACGUGUAUUAUCAAUAAAAGACUGGAAAAAUGACAGCAAAGCAGAACAUUCAGGAUCAUGUACUACAACUGGAGGAAAAAAUCAACAGUUUAACUGAAGAACUAUCUCAAUGUCAGGCUGACAAAGAAUUUGUAUGGUCAUUGUGGAAACGUCUUCAAGUGGCUAAUCCAGACUUAACCCAAGCAAUUUCCCUAGUUGUCGAGAGGGAAAAAAGUAAGGCUGAGGCCAAAGACAGAAAAGUAUUGGAAAUUCUACAGAUGAAAGACAGCCAAAUACAAGAAUUUGAACAGAGAGUAUUGGGACAGCAGCAGGAGAUAAACAACCUCGUACAGAGAAAGAUCGCUGUAGACGAAGAAAAUACCUUACUGAAAAAGGAGUUGGAUGACCUCCAACUAAAAUUAAAAGAUAAAAGUCAUGAGCUUAAGAACACUAAGCAGAGUUUGGAGAAAAACGAGGAGCAGAGGGCAGCCAUUUUAAAAAAUUUGGAGCAGGAGAAUGAAGAUUUAAGCAAGAAAUGUGCUGACCUGCUUAGUGACCUGGAGAAAGCAAAGAAGCAAGAGGCACAGUGGAGAGGAGAAAAGUCUGGCAUUGAUGCCAAAAUUAAGGCUCUAGAAUUGAAUUUAAAAGAAGCUGGUAACCAGAUGGAGGCUAUGCACAAUAAAAUAAACAACCUGUCAUCACAGGUUGCUGUUAAACAGACUGAGCUGGCAUACAAAGAAGUUGAUCUGACCAGGCUGAGGAAAGAAUUACAGGAACUUCAGAAACUUUACAAACAAAGCAAUGAGCAUGCAGCACAACAAGCUGAGCUUAUACAGCAACUUCAGACACUCAAUGUGGACACACAGAAAGUACUAAGAAGCCAAGAAAAUGCUCACACUACUGAGACCAUCUCGUAUCAGAAACUUUAUAAUGACUUGAAUGCAUGUCAUGAAAUGGCUAAGUCCAGUGAGACUCAACUGCGGCAAAGUAAUAUUGCUCUCACUGAGCAGUUACAACAAAAGGAGCAACAUAUUAGUCAGCUAGAAAUGAAACUGCAAGAAACCAUCACUGCAUUACUCAAGCCACCUCAAGAACCUCAGGAGCUGGAACAUCCACCCCUGGUAGAGCUGGAACUCAUAAUAGCUUCACAGAAAUCAGAAAUAAAAUUUCUACAGGACAGACUUAAAGCAGCUGAUCUCCAGUUAACUCAAGUAAAUAAUUGUAGAAGCACUGCGCUUGAGAACAGCAUCCUGAGGGCUGGGAGAAUGCGUGAGGUGCAACCUGUGAAACGUUCAAGGUCUCUGUCCCCAAAGGGCUUUUCUAGAGAGUCCAAAGAGUUAAAGAAGCUUAAGAUAGCAGAAAAGAGGAUUGAACAUUUAGAGAAGACACUGCAGAUUAAGAUACAGCAAAAUACAGAGCUUUGGAAAGCACAUGAAAAUCGCAAAGAAAGGUUGCUGGCAUUACAGGCCAGUUAUAGAGGACUCAAACAGCAAAUCGAGAAUGAGGAAGAGGGAGGUGCCAGAGAGAAGUUUCAUAGAAAGAAACUUGUUCGUGCAGAUCCCUCCGAGCUCAGACACGAAGACUCAGAUGCUGUAUGGAAUGAACUUGCACACUUUAAAAGGGAAAACAAGAAGCUGUUGGUGGAUAGAAUGAACUUGGAAGAAGAAAUAGAUCAGUUAAAAGUGCAGGCAUCGGUAGACAGAGCUACUAUAGAAGAACUGAAUACUUGUCUUCAACAAGAGAGAGAAGGAUACAAAGCUUACGGAGUCAGCGGAGCAUACAGAAAUAAAGACAGAGAGAGAGACUGCAGAGAAUACAGAGAGAAAGAGUUGCUCUUUAGUCUUGGCAAAGAAGAAAAUGUCAGGAGCAGCACUCCAAAGAAAAAUACAGGAGAUACUGUACAGUACACAUUGCAGAAGAUAAGCUAUUUGGAAAAAAGGCUUAUUGCAUUAGAAGUAGACACAAAAAGACUAAAUGAAACUAAAGAUGAGCUAACAAAACAAAAUAACUCACUGAAGACAUCCAUCAAGUUCCUUCAAAAAGAUGCAGAUUUCAGGGAGAAAAAAAUGCAGAAAAUGCAUUUGGAAAUUUUAGAGGUAAACCAGGCCAAAGAGACCUUAGAGAAGAAGAAGGGUGAACUGAGCAGUGACGUUGCCUCUCUAAAAAGACUUGUGGCAGACAGUAACAAACUGAAGAAUAAAAAUCGUGACUUGCUGAGACAGAUUCAUAUCUUGCAAUGUACACUGGAAAAGACCACAGUCCCACUUUCCUCGCAGGAAUCAAACAAGCAAGGCCGCAGGAAAGAAGCAGCAACCAAGGUUAAACAGAAUGCAGCCAGGAAGAUCUCACUGAGACGUCACCAAGCUUUUCUUAAUCAAUCCAUCAAGGUUAUGAGCGGCGUGUUUGAGAACUUCAGAAAAGACGGCUGGGAGGAUGUGAGCGAAGACAGCGAUGUUGAAAGUGAAUCAUCUGAGAGUCUGGGACAUGUGAUUGUACAUACUAGUGGUAAAAAAACAGAUGAAACAGAUGUUGUGGAAGAAUGUAAUGAUGAUGAAGAUCUUCAAGACGAAUGCAAGAGAAUGAGCAGGGCUGAAAAAUAUAUUCACAGGAAUGAGUUUUGGGACAUACGGUCAAAGAAAGUAGGCAAUUUAAAAAGAUGUCAAUUACGAGUGAAGUGUGAUACAUCUGCAAAAAAAGCACUAAAAGACCACAAAAAAAAAAGAUGCCCUUGCACUACUUCAACAUCGUUACUGGAAAGAGUUGCAUCUUUGCAACACCAAGUAUCUGUAUUACAGAAAGGAAAACAGGCUGCCACCGGCUCCGUGAGCAAGCUGAAUGAAGAAAAAAUAAAACUAGCAGCUGAACUGCAGCUGGCACACCAAAGACUUCAAAUCAGCAAGCAGAUGGUAAAGAAGUUGUCUUCAGACCUUACUGAAUAUCAGCAUGAAAAGGAAAAUUUGGAGAGAAGCAUGGAACAGAUGACUGAGCAGCUGGCCCAAGCCAAGAGGUCACUAGAAAUGGUGAGCCCUGUGACCUUGGAUCAACCUACAUUGACUCAAUUAACACCAUCUAAAAGCACAGAUGUGGAAGCAAAGCAGCUCCAGAGUAAACUAAAGAAUAUGACUGUUGAAAUGGCAAAACAGUCUACAACAAUUAAAGCCAUGAAAAAUGAAGUCCUGGAAAAGGAAGAACGGAUACGGGAACUACAGGAAAGGGUGGCACGGAUGGAAAGGGAUGUCAACAUGAAAAGGCAUUUGAUAGAGGAUCUGAAAACCCGUCUGAAAAUCUACCAGGAAAAUCAAAGACCCAGCAAAGAAAUGUUAGAAAAUCUUGAAAGGAAGGUUAAAGUAAUGGCAGAGGAAUGUUCUCACAAGAAGACAACACUUGAUUCCUUGAAACAGAGAUUAAAUGUAGUCACCAAAGAGAAGUCACAUUAUGAGCAAAUAUACUACAAAAUAAAGGAAGAACUAGAGAAAAAGAAUGUAAAAGUCAGCGACUUGGAAGGAAAAAUGGUUGAAGCUGAACGUGCCAUAUCUGAACUGGAAGUUGCUGCUAAACAACAACUUCACAACUUAGCAAUGCAGAGUGAACAAGCCAUGGAGGUGAUGCAGAAUAAAUUGUUACAUGACAAUAGAAAGAUUGGAGAAUUCGAAACAUUUAUAAAGGGUUUGGCUACAGAGCUUCAUAAAGAUGUGUGUGAAAUGAGAACCCAUAUUAGACAAGCCAAGUUAUUGCAAGAAUCCAGCAGUGGUCCAUCCAAGCAUUCUGUACACAAAGCACAGUCCCUGGCAGCUUCAAUUCUAAACAUCUCACAUUCUGACCUGAGUGAUAUUUUAGAGAUUCCUGAUGAAGAGGAAAUGGCAAAUGCAAAGCGGUCAGUAGAAUACGAUAAAGAAUGGAUGAACCACAUAAUGAAGCUGCUUGAAGGACAGGUUCCCUUUGCAGUGUACCUAAUGGACCUUGUCAGACGUAAGCUCAGUGAGAAAAAGAGACUUGUAGAAGAAUAUGCUUUGAUGAAGGGGAGAGACCCCAAGUGAAUGAAAUCUGCCCUCAAGAAGUAUGCAACAUUCACUCUGCACCUGUAAAGUUUUUAAGUUAUUUUUUUAAAUAGUCAUGUAAAUGAAAUAUGAACAGUGUAUACAUAUUUAUGUUUUACAUGAUGUAUAGCAUACUUGUAUUUAUUUUUUGUAUCUGUGAUCAAUAAACCAUACAUUCCUGUGUA